AGGGGUCCUCGUCCAAGCACAACCGAUUUGGCCGAAGAGCAAGAACGGCUAAAAAUGGAAUUCGAUGCAGCAAUCAACGAAUUACGCUUGCAGUAUCAAAAUGAGCAAAAAAGUAAAGCAAAAUUACAAGAAGAAUAUAUGUCGCUCAAGGAGCAAUACGAAAAAGCGGCAGAAGCUAUCGAAAAUGAUCGUGACUUAGAUCCUGGCGAGGCGCAAAAACGCCUUCAAAUCCUGGAAAAACAGUUCGUUGGUGGCGAACAAUAUGAUAUUCCAAAAGGUCACUGA